UUUUUCAUAUGCCUACGCGGCUACAACUGAAACGAUCUAAUUGGCUGGCACGGGCAACCCAUGAAGAAAUUGGGCCAGCCAGUCCACCUUCCAAUCCAAGUAUCACUUGGGGAAAAAAAGGCAGCAGUCUCAUUUAAUCCAUUAUAAACAUCAACAAAUGUCUUGUGAUCCGUCAGCUCUCUCCAGAAGUCAGAAAGUUUAUCCGAGAGCAGCUACAAAAGACCCGUGUGGGAGAGACCACUUUUGGCCUACCUCGAUGGAUACGUCUACUCCUCUUAUCCCUUAUCCGGCAACGCUCAGGUACGCUCUUUUCUUUUUUUUUGGACUCUCAUAUCUGCCAUGCACACUUUUUAUCCAUCGAAAGGUAGCCAAUCCGGCAUAGUAGCCCGCAUGGUGUUUGUUGUUUUGGGUCUUUGGGAUCUUAUUCCGGUGACGUGCUUCCUAAAAGUAGUAUCUUACCCACACUAGGCAGGUUGCAUGACUUUGUAAUAGUCAUGGUUGGCAUGGCAGUCAUCUCUUUCAACCAUAUACUGAUGUAAAAUUGCAAUGGUGCUAUGAACUGCCAACAGAAAUGGAUUCAUAAAGAGAAAGUUAGCUGAUUUUUGUUUAGUAAUGCCUCAUUUCGUUUUUCAUAUCUUGAAUCAGUCUUAAUAUUUUAGUAUUUGUAUGGAGUCCCUAUUUAGUUUGAACACCAUGUUUUUUUUUUUCUUUUUAAGGAAUUUUGAACACCAUGUUGUAUUCUUAGCUGUAAAGAACUUAGAACUGGCCCGAUAUUUUUCAUGAAGUAGUGUUGCAUCAACUGUGAAUGCUGCUGGUCAUGAAAGGCCUUGUUUGUCCGUAUGAGUUUCAGAAAAAGAGUUUGCAGCUCUCCUUGUAAUGUUUACCUGCAUUAGUCCUUGAUAGGAGAUAGCUUUGUCAUAUGUGAGAUUAAUGAAGUUAUUUAUAGUUGAAUUGGAGCACAACUGUAUUUCUUUUUUUUCUACACUACUAACAUACAAUGAUCUACUCUGCUUCAUUUUAGUCACAAUAUCCAAAAUUUGUGCAAACUUAUGGAGAAAUGGUAGAAGUUUCUAUGCUCUUUGACCACCUUUCAACUCACGUUUUGCAUGAUCGUAUAGUUUAUAUCUUGUAAUGAACCUCUGUUUUAGCUUUAAAUUAGUUUAGUUCGAUGACUUUGACUAAGUAAGUGUUGUUCAAUCUCAAAAGAGGUCAAGGAACCUAAUUGUUAUUCUCAUUUGUUUUCGGUGGUGGUUCCUCUUGUGGCGAGUAGUGCCCGCUUAUCCAAUAGCCAAAACUUCUAGAAUAGAACAUUGGGUAAGAAAAAUGAAGGCAAGGAAUUAUGGCAUGUCUCCAUCUCUUUUUCCACCUCCCCACCCAGAAAUUAAUCUAGUCAUUUGCUUUUGGGUGGGUUGGGUGGGCAUCUUCCUUUGGCACCAUGAGCACACCCUUAUCCAUUACAGAUUCCCUCUUACUAGGCUCACUGUCAAAGUGGUUGUACAAGGCCUGGCAUUUCUUGGGCUUUCACUAGCCCAAAUGCUCCUCUGUGUGCAAGAUUCCACCCACUCACUUGUGAUCAUCAUGAGGGCACCACUAUAGUCUUAUUGCACAACCAAACUUCCAUGGCUCUACUUUUUUCCUGUUUUUUAUGGUAGGUGCCAGCUUCGUAUGAAAGAGUUUUGAUAUGGAAGUGGAAGAAACAAAUUUUAACCAUACCUUUCGAAAAUGCUAUUUCGAUAAAUGCGUUAUCAGGAUUGAGGAAACUAUCAAUCAAGAUGGUUGAAUAUAUGAAUGAUAACAAGCAACACCAAAUUAUGAUGAUAACCUUAGCCUUCAAGCCUGUAAACUUUUGACGUCGUGCCUAUACUAUUUAUCCGGGUUAGUGGAUUAUGAAUUCUAAUCCUCCAAUCAUUACAUCACGAAAACCAUUAGCAUCAACUUAAUAUUGUUUCGCAUUAACGUAUCUGUUCCAAAUUUCUUGUAGUAACUUGUCGCUUUUAAUUUGUUGGAGACAUCAUUGCUUCUCAUUUGCUGUUAGCGUCAUGCAUCACUUUGCACCCAUUUCCCCAAAACAUUAGCCAUGAUUCUCCCUAUUCAUGGAACAUAAAUAGGAUCUUGGGACCCACUGAAUUAUUGUUCCCCAUAUAGAAUGCAUGCUGUCCUUUAAGCAUAUAUCCCUACAGUUUAUGAGCUGAUGUGCAGAGUGAAAUUAUCUAUCAAAGUUUAAGUACAGUCUUCUAAUUGUUAUUUGAGUCUCGAUUGCUAUCGUGAAGAAAUCAAUGUACAACACAAAAUCUAACCUCUCUUUUAAUUAGGACGAUCAUUAGGUCUCAGUAUUCUCCACAAUAUAAAACUUGCAAAGCUCUUUCCUUCUCCAAGAAGAGAUUUCUUUCUGAAAGCCAUGGGCCCUUGGAUAAUCCUUCCUGGAAUGAGUAGAUGCUUCAUCUACUUGGGCUUCCGGUGUUUUGGGGAAUGAAACUGCCACUCUGUGACCUCUUAUUGAAUAGCUACAUUAUUUGUCCUGAUGUUCAUAGUUGCAAGGUAAGAUUUAUAUUUGUUUUGAGGGGAAAAUGGCAGAUCCCAAUCAAAUGCAAAAGGCCCACCUCAAGUCUCUGAUGGCUGUAAAAUUCUUGGCCUUCAGCUGUCUUUACUUGGAACACAACAGAUUUCUCAUAAACUGGUCUGAUGAAGAGGCUUUUCUUUUAUUUUAUUUCAAAUUCUGUUAUGAUUUGUGCUUAUACUGAAUGUGUAAUAUCUCGUGUCAACUCAAAUACAAAAUUUAUACGACAAAAUGAGACAUAAGCUAGUAUGCAAGUGCACAAAAUAUCAUCUGUUAAGAACUAGAAGAUGUCUCUGAAACAUCACAAAUACUCACCUACAAAAAUUUCAGCUUGUUUCAGAACACUGCAGAUUUUAUUUGUAUCGUUGACACCACUGAAGACGUUACGAUAUACUGUCAUAGAUUAAGAUUGUGCCAUACACUUUUUCAACCCUGUCUCAACAAAAUCAAGACCAAGAAUCGUAAUGUUCUUAACACAUCUACCGACAAACCUAAUUAUCAUGAUAGGAUCGGCUACGCCUUUCAGGGAGAUGAGCUUGAUGAUCAUUCGAAAUCUAUACUUAUCAAGACUUGGAUAUUUACCGAAUUAGCUGAGCAUAUAGAGAUCGACUACAGCUUCGUUCGAAGUUCAGGAAAUACCAAGCUCACAUUUUACUCUUCUUUUUUUUCUUUCUUCAAAUUAUCAAGGACCUAUGGAUUCAUGGAAAUCUCACUCUUCUUGACACACUCUCUUGAUGUUCUUUAAUGGUUAAAUGUGAAGAAGUGCGAGUCAACCACACAUGCGGAGCCCAGCUCAUUUAACUCCCCCAGACCCCCAAUAACACGUGCGAACCAGGCGUCACCCGGAUGUUGACACGAAUUUAGAGGGACACCAACUAUCAGCAAGCAUAAACCUAAAAGCGGCUUUUUGGUUGGAAGACAUGCACAUCUUCUUCUCAUGCAAGCACCUUUAUAUCAUUGCGUGUUUACUGCCACUCCAAGGCCAUGAUUCUCCAGCCAUCACAUAUUUAUAUACCUGAGUCUUCUCAUCCCCUCCCAUGAGACCACCAACCAGUAACAACAACAGCAACAACAAUCCCACCAUGAGUCUGUUCUCGCUUCUCCUCAGCCUCUCCUUCCUCCCUCUCGCACUCUCCCUCCGAGCCGCCACCCUUCGGACUCAAUCCAACUUCCUCUCUCUUAUGAAAGACUCCCUCUCGGGGCCCUCCAUGGCUAGUUGGGACAUCGCCGGCGCCGUCGGCGGCAGUCCCUACUGCAACUUCUCGGGAAUCUCCUGCGACGACCAUGGAUAUGUCGUGGAGAUCGACCUGUCCUCAUGGAAACUCGUAGGUGACUUCCCAUCUGGAGUGUGUUCUUCCCUCCCCAUGCUCCGUGCCCUCUGGUUGGCCGAUAACGACAUCCGCAAUGGCUUCCCCAAGGACCUCCUCAACUGCUCCUCCUUGGCGGAGCUCAACUUCAGCCACUCCGGCCUCACCGGCACCGUCCCGGACAUAUCCCAGCUCCAAUCCCUCCGCUUGAUCGAUCUCUCCAACAACUUCUUCACCGGUGAAUUCCCAACAUCCAUCAUCAACCUCACCAACCUCGAGGUGAUCGACCUCAAUCAGAACCCGGGCUUCGAUCCGUGGAAGCUGCCGGAGACGAUCACCCAGCUGAAAAAGCUCCGGGUUCUGAUCCUCUCGACAACCUCCAUGGGAGGAGAAAUCCCACCUUGUAUCGGGAACAUGACGUCGCUUGCAGACCUUGAAUUGAGUGGGAAUAGGCUUGCCGGCCGAAUUCCGGCGACAAUCGGGAAGCUUCAGAGCUUGCGAUCGUUGGAGCUUUAUUAUAACCAUCUGAGUGGAGAAAUCCCUGAUGAACUUGGGAACCUCACAAAAUUAGUUGACCUGGACAUGUCGGACAAUCAUUUAACCGGCGGGAUACCGGAAAAGCUCGGCGCCAUAUCAGGCCUUGAGGUGCUGCAGCUCUACACCAACAGGCUCACCGGAGGAGUUCCUCGUGUGCUCGGGAAUUCCACGGCGCUGAGCCUCCUAUCCAUCUAUGGUAAUUUCCUCACCGGGGAGCUGCCACCGGACCUUGGCCGGCACUCCAAAUUGAUCCUCUUGGAGGUGGCCGAUAACCAGCUCUCCGGUCAGCUGCCACGAGAUGCUUGUGCUGCUGGUGAGCUGCUCUAUCUUCUAGUAUUGAACAACCACUUCAGUGGGGAAUUGCCAGAGACCUAUGCACAAUGCAAGUCUCUGAUCCGGUUCCGAGUUGCCAACAACCAGUUGAAUGGCUCCAUCCCUGAAGAGCUCUUCGGCCUUCCUCAUGCGGCGAUCAUCGAUCUGGGCUUUAACCGUUUCGAAGGUACGAUCGCGAAAACCAUAGGGAAUGCGAAGAAUUUAUCGGCAUUGUUUCUCUCACACAAUCUGAUUUCUGGUGCUCUGCCACCUGAAAUCUCAUGGGAUACAAAUCUAGUGAAGAUAGAUCUCAGCCACAACCUCCUAUCUGGUCCAAUUCCCCCUGAAAUAGCCAAUCUGUAUAAGCUAAACCAGUUGUCAUUGCAGGAAAACAAGCUAGACUCAUCCAUUCCAGUAUCUCUCUCCUUACUCAAGUCUCUCAAUGUUCUCAACCUCUCCAAUAACUAUUUGACUGGGGAGAUCCCUCAGAGCCUCUGUAACUUGCUUCCCAAUUCACUAGACUUCUCGAACAAUCGGCUUUCGGGGCCGGUCCCCCUGCCUCUGAUCAAAGAAGGCCUAAUAGAAAGUGUGUAUGGCAAUCCAGAGCUCUGCGUUCCUUUCCACCCUGACCUGACGAAACCGACCCUUCCUCUCUGUCCGAAACCCAGCAUUAGAAGGGGGCUCAACGAUGUCUGGGUCAUCGGAGUCUCUCUCAUGCUCAUGAUCCUUGCAGUUCUCUUGUUCUUGAAGCGUUGGCUCAGUAGGAAGAAUGCUGUGAUCGAACAAGAUGGCCUUUCGUCUUCUCCAUCCUCCUUGUAUGAUGUCACAAGCUUCCACAAGCUAAGCUUCGAUCAGCAUGAGAUCGUGGAGGCCUUGACGGACAGGAAUAUAGUGGGUCAUGGGGGUUCAGGGACUGUGUACAAGAUUGCUCUGAGCAAUGGUGAAAUGGUUGCGGUGAAGAAACUCUGGAGCAGGACGAUGAAGAACCCGCCACCCUAUCAAUCGUACCUUGACAAAGAGCUCAAGACUGAGGUUGAGACAUUAGGGAGCAUCCGGCACAAGAACAUCGUAAAGCUCUAUUGCUGCUUCUCGAGCAUGGACUGCAAGCUCCUGGUCUACGAGUACAUGCCAAAUGGAAAUCUUUGGGAUGCUCUUCACAGCGGCGGGAGCUUUUUGGAUUGGCCUACCAGGCACAGGAUUGCGUCCGGCGUAGCUCAGGGAUUGGCUUAUCUGCACCAUGAUCUCUUGUUUCCAAUUGUUCACCGAGAUAUCAAGACUUCCAACAUACUCCUCGAUGAAGAUUUCGAGCCAAAGGUGGCCGACUUUGGCGUCGCAAAGGUCUUACAAGCAAGAGGAGAUCAUGAGUCGUCAGCUACAGUCAUUACAGGCACAUAUGGUUAUCUAGCCCCGGAGUAUGCUUAUUCCACCAAAGCCACCACCAAAUGCGAUGUCUAUAGCUUCGGCGUGGUGCUGAUGGAGCUGGUGACCGGAAAGAAGCCGAACGAGCCCGAGUUCGGGGAGAACCAGGAUAUCAUCCAUUGGGUCUCGAGCAAGAUGGGAACCAAAGAAAGGGCAAUGGAUGCCAUAGACAAGCAGUUGUCAUGGAGCCCCUUCAAGGAGGAGAUGAUCCAGGUACUGCGGAUUGCUCUUCGAUGCACUCUCCGCACCCCGGCCCUCCGGCCAUCCAUGAAUGAGGUUGUUCAGCUCUUGUUGGAGGUUGACCCUAGCAAGUUCGACGUAGCAGGAUCAUUCAAGUUCAAGCAUCUGGCGAGCCUCAAAGGCUAGACAGCCAACCAAGAUAUGACUGAAAGAAGGGGUUUUGAUAGGGUUUAAGUGACUUGGUAGUAGAGUGCCUACACUAUGUUUUAACUAUAAACUCAUAGACUACGAAUAGUUCUCUCUUUUUUUUCUUUUUUUUUGCAAAGAAGAGGAGCAUUUAGAACUGUAAAGGUUCUUGCUCUGCAUCAUAUCAUUGUCUUUAUUUUCUCUUUUGGCGAGGAUUUUGUUGAGUCUAUCAUACACUGCUUUGUACUCACGCAGCAUCUGGUACCUCUGAUGGACCUACAUAUAUACAUCUAUAUACAACGUUCACCUUCUUUUGGUUA